AUGGUUUUCAUUACUCUCCUUUUACUUCAAUAUGCUGCUGUCCUGGCGUGUGCAGCACCAGGAGCUCGCAGGAACGCAACAGAGGCUGGUACCUCCAUCGUCAGCAUAGGAAGUCAUCUCAACGACUUCACCGAGUCUGAUCCGACUGCUCUCGACCCAAAGGACCCGUUGGCGUCUCAGGGCUGGACGCCUUUUGGAGGCGGCAACCUGAAGUUCGAGGACGGCAUUUGUGACUCAAUGCAACAGCAGAGGCUCGCUACGGCAGCUUGGGAUGCUCAUACCCUUGCUAGAUUCGCGAAGUCUCUUCCCACCAGUGGCAAACACAUUGCUACGUGGCGAGCAUACAUUGGUCCGGACUUUUCAAACUUUCAGGAUCGUAUCACGAAAAAUUUUGAAAGAGCUCAAGAGUUUAAGGACAAACAGAAAUUCGACAUUAUUCUCAGUUGUAAGGAUACUCAAAACAAGUGCGGUCGGCAAAUCGACGGAAAGAGUGUCGGUGGCUACGCAUGGACACAAGCGUGGUACUUUGGUUGGAAAUACUACCACAUCACACUUUGUCCUAUUUACUUCGGGCUGGAUACGCUGGACGAAAAGUUUGACCUCAUUGAAAGCGAGUUGGGGAACGGGGAAACCAAACAUGCUGCCAAGGCGGAAUGGCAGAUGAACACAGGCCAGUAUCUUCUCCACGAGAUGAUGCAUCUUUUGAUCUGUCACUCGGGCGAGACUGGCCGCUGGGCAUAUGGGCCAGCAAUGGGUCACAAGCUCGCUCAACGACCCCUGGCCCAAGGUGGAGGAGGCCAACGGUCAAGCACCAAUUCAGGCAGCUACGCCUGGCUAGCCAAUAGCCUCUACUUUUACCAUGUCACCAACUAUUUCCCGCAACCUCCGGGCUUCAAAGACAUAAGCGCUAUCCACAGACUAAGCUCUGGCCAACUUGCCCAAAUGGAGACCGCCUUCUCAAUCAACUUGGGUUAUAUGAACUUUAGCGAAGGUAUCUGGACAACCGAGGAGACAGACCGUCGAUUUAAUACCGCGUGUGAGGGUAUGAAGAACCCACCGCCAGCCAUGUCUGCACCACCUCUCAGCGAGAUCCCCAGACCCGAUUGUGCCUACAACGGCCCAGCUUUUGCGCAGUCGCCAGCCGAAGCACACAUUCACGACUUUUGCAGUAACGAAGAAUUUUGGGACACGGUCAUUGUUCCUCCCAUCUCACUUGGACUUGAUAAGACCAGCGACAACCGACAGAAAGCAGCGGGCAUUGCAAAGGGAUAUGCCAUUGGCGGAACAGAUGACAAGCUGUGGCUGGGACUCAUGUUUUCGCGCGACUCUUGCACGGGAUCCUUUCAGUUCAGCCUCGGAGAAACCAACGACGAGAAACGAGACUACUGCAAAAGCCGACUUCGAACAAUCCUGAAUGGCUGUGGAACGGGUACGGUCACUGCAAAAAAGGGAGGUACACUUGUUGAAGGAUGUCAUAUUUACGCCAUGAUGGCCGCCCAAAAUGAUCCAUUUGAUGAGUGGUAUAAGGACCAGGGAGAACUAAAGUGUGAAGAUACGGCUGCGACUGGGGAGAGUGCACUGAAAGGGACUUGCACCUGCUGGUAUAGUGGCUAUCCCGGCCUUACUGAUGUCUUCAAGAAGCCCAACAGCAACGUUUGUAAGGCUGGGGAUAUAAACUUGAAGGAUCUAAUUACAAAUUAG